AUGAGUAAAAACUACACUUGGAAGCCUCCUAGAAGAGUCGGCUACGAUGCUGGUGUGCUCAAGAUGUUUUGGGAGAAAAAAAUUGAGCUUCACACAAAACAGCAGCAAAGCGAGGACCUGAGGAUCCGCAGGAGCGCCCUGGACAGGCUCCGCGGCGAGUGGGCUCUGAAGCUGGAGAAGAGAAACGAGAUGCUGCGGAGCUCGCGGGAGGCGCCCCCGCCGCCGUCCCUGCUGGGCACCGAGUCCGUCCACGCCCCGCACAAGACGGCAGCCUGA